AUGGUGAAGAUCCGCUCGCCCCGUUCUUCGUCGGUAUUGCGGGCGCUUUUUACCGCAGCCGCGCUCCGUCCUGACCACGCUCGCUUCCUUCAUUUUGUCUCGGGGGGCAGUGCCGGAGGUGGCGGCCCGUCAGCCAGCGCGUCGUCCACGUCCGCGGGAACAGCUGCUGGUGCUGGUGGCGCAGCAUACCCGCUUAAAGGCCCGCUCGAGAUCACCACGCCGACCACGAGCACGACUACACCGGCAAAACUGAACGUCACCGAGUGCACUGCGGACCUCUUCGGCAGCGAGCGAGCCAAGAUCUACUGCGGGAACUGCCGCGCGGUGUCGAAGUGGGCCUAUUCGGCGACCGUGGCCCACACCUGCAACGAUUUUUGUCACUCCUUCGGCCUCCAUUGCACCGACGCCUACGACGAUCUCGCGAACUCGUGCGCCGCCGACGGCCGCAGCCGCGGGUGCGCGUACGAAUUUCGCUUUACGGACGAUGCGAUCUGCCAGUGCGCAACCUGGAAGCAGUUGGAGGAGCGAGAAAAGGAGAAAACCCAUCCCUCCGCCGACCACCUGCACAACGGCGCAGAGCAGCACGGCGGCUUGGAACCCGUGCUGCUGCGGGGGAGCUGGGUCUACCGGGAGUUUUUCGACGCAAACUGCCGCGUUCCGACCACGGUGGAGGCGCGAGGUAGGAUCGACGACACCUGUUUUCCGGAGACCAUGAAGUCCUCGAAGAAGCUCACCACUUGUGGACUCACGCACGCCUGGUACACUUACUACCCCGACACCGUGGACUGCGGCGGAAAAAACGCGGCGACGGCAUCGCGGCACACCGGAAAGGAGGACCUCGGUUGCCGCCGAGCGGCGUACAAUCGCUUCUACUCCGUGACCUGCUACCCCGAAGAAGAGAAUGGUGUGACAGCAAACAGAGGGGAAGUGGGCGGUGGUGCAUCAACUUCCUCGUCGGGUGUGAACACAGGAGGCGGAGGAGCAUCAUCUUCAUCCACUUCCCCAACUUUAGAUUUUGCUUCCUCGACGUCGACAAGCUGUUCAGCGGCCUGCUGCGAGCAGACCAAAAAGAUGGAACAGGAGGCCCUCGAGUCCAAACAAGUCCCGGGCCAUGACGUCAGCAGUGCGGUUAGAACCAGUGGGUUAGCUCGUACCCCGAGCAUUAUGGUAGUUUUUCUUAUUCUUGCGCAUCUCAUCGGAGCCGUGGCAUUCUCGUUUCUUCCCAGCAAGAGCGUCUUGUAGGAUCCAAAUCUAAAAAAGUCGAACCAGUAGUUCUUGUGAUUUCACAUUGUUAUUCUUGUUUCGGUGAAGAAUCGAUCUAGCAGGCAUAAAGAUAAAGGGCGUCUACCCUACGCAUAAUUUUUGUUUUUGGUCUUACCACUUAUUCCCUCAAGUUGAAGUUACCCACUUAAGUGCUCUAGAGAAAAUAAGUACAUUGUGGCUAUGCUAGCUGGCUCCUGCUAUGCAACAUCGCAUUCGCACGAUCGCGUUCGCUAGGGCUAGCCAUGGCCAUGCUAUGAGAAAGUCAUCCACCCAGAACGAAGAAUAAGAAGUACAUGCUGCAGCUCUUUUCAAACAAAUGUACACAAGCGUAAUUGGAUACAGGCAACACUGCGUCAGCAUCUUGGGACGUAGAAAUAUAAAAAAAAAAUGCACUGCUUCAGAUGGUUGGGCAGUAGAUUGCCUGAGCUAACUUCGACCGAGUCCUCGUAAACAUCGUAACUUUGUUCCCCUCAAAGACGAAAAGAAGACACGUCAUGAUGUUUGGUUGGUAAGAUAUGAUCCACUUCCACCGACUAACAAAUCUAUCGUAGCUAGUACCUACAUGAUGACGCAAAACUAAAACACAAACAAUCACGAAGAAGCUUUUCCCUAGUUCUUCAGUCGAACAUGGAACAUCUACAUGUUGCCGCCGUCAUUCGACAUGAUUUCGAUUUUCUGGAUGUGCUCUAAUGAAGACCGGUGUAUGUUUUACCUCCCUACUCGUCCGUAAUACGAACUUUUCACCCAAUUUUUUCAAUAAUGUCGAAAUCUGAAGAGUAACGAGCCUGUAUCUGAACAACAAACGAUGAACCAAACUUUUAUCAUGUUCAAAGCAAAAAAAUGUAGGGCUGAGAAUUUUGCAUCCGCAAGAGUCUUAUUUUCUGUUGAACAACCGUUGAUCUUGAUGUUGACCUAAAUGUGUUGGCUCUCCAGUAGUUAUUGUACACAUUGAAGUAGAAAGAAGUUGUAUUCGGCCUACUUUUGGUUUUCGUGAAUACAAUCUGUAAACAUGUUAUAAAAGUUUUCUUGUUUCAUCGGUCGUCUUUCAAUACUGAACGGUUGUUGACAACAACUCUGUGCCAGUCGUGUAUUGGGUAUAGAUAAAGAUAGGAGGACAAGAUGGACGUGAAAAAAUUGUUGGAGCAGAAGCUGCUCGCGAUCAAUUCGCAGGACAAGUUUCUCGAGGAACUCAAGGACCAGAAAAUUAAGUUUCUCGAGGAACUCAAGGACCAGAAAAUUUCGUUGGGUAACCAACGAGUCGCGGUGAUCGACGAGCUGUUGAAGGUAGAGUUGCAGCAAACUACUACAACCCAG